AUGGCUCCUGACGGCGACGAGGACUGCAUGUCGGGCGAUGCAACGGAGAGAGCGCGCCUUUCCAAGCGACGCGUCCUUAUAACAAAGUCUUGGAUCUCCUCGACCGAGGCGUUUGCCCUACUACUCGCUGUGGCAAUUGCUGCACUUGCGUUUGUCGGGAAUCGCUCUGCUGCACGCAAGAAUCUUCCACCGGGUCCUAAGGGAGUACCCUUCUUCGGGAACCUAUUCCAAGUCCCUGUCUUAAGACCGUACCCGAAGUUCCGCGAAUGGGCUAGACAAUACGGCCAAAUCUUCCACUUGAAGCUCGGGCCUCAGGAUGUCAUUGUUCUCAACAGUGCGGAUGCCGCUGAUGAGCUGUUCGUCAAACGCAGCAACUAUUACUCUAGCCGGGCGGCGCCUCACGUCGCUCACGAUAUCAUGAGCGCGGGUCAGAGACUGGUAUUUCUCCCUUACGAUAAGGAAUGGAAGGUUGCACGGAAGAGCCUGCAGUCCGCUAUUGGCCCCGGUCCAUCGAAGAAACUCCGCCCGCAACAAGAACUUGAAUCUCGAGUCGUCCUUUACGACCUGCUGACGCACGGCGACAGGAGCGUUGCCGAAAAGCAGGUGGAAGGGCCACACGGCGAGGUCCCUGAGUCGCACUGGUUUGCCAUUAUCCGGAGAUAUACGACGAGUAUAGUCAUGACUGUCAUGUACGGCAAGCGUGUUCACAGGAUUACGAACAACCCAUAUCUCCACAAGAUCUAUGAUGUCCUGGCCAACUUCACUCAUGUCGGUCAACCCGGUAACUAUUUGGCUGAUGCUUUCCCCAUUCUCCGGAGGCUUCCCGAUGUCCUGGCACCCUGGCGGAUCGAAGGCCGGAAGAUGCACGAAUGGGAAAUGGAACUGUGGGGAGGUCUCCUCGACGACAUCAAGCACGACAUGAAGGACGGCAUCUUCCGUGACAGCUACGUAGGUAACUACUUGAAGGAGCGUGCUGACAAGGGUAAGGAGGAGGCGCCUGGCUGCGGUUUGACUGAGGAUGGCUGGCUCCGGGACAAGCUGCUGGCGUACACCGCGGCGACGGUGCUCGAGGCCGGCUCUGACACCACCGCUAGCACAAUGCAGAGUUUCAUCUUGUUCAUGCUCAGCCACCCACAUGUCUUAAAGAAAGUGCGGGAUGAGAUUGACAGAGUCGUUGGAGAGGACCGCAUGCCUAAUUUCGAUGACGAGGCCAACUUGCCUUACUUCGUCGCCUGCAUUAAGGAGACGCUGAGGAGGCGUCCGCCGACUAUCAUGGGUAUCCCUCACUUGGCCGACCAGGACGACGUAUACGACGGUUACUACAUUCCCAAGGGCUCCACCGUGAUUGGCAAUGUAUGGGCCAUCCACAUGGACCCGGUUCGCUACCCCAACCCCCGCGCCUACAACCCCGACCGGUUCUACAAGGAGGGCCAGCCCACGCCCUGGAGCAGUGGUCCUGAUACACAAGGCCGUGACCAUUACGUCUUCGGCUGGGGACGCCGAUUCUGCCAAGGAUCCUACAUCGCUGAGGCCUCACUUUUCAUUGUGCUUUCCCGCAUCCUGUGGGGUAUCGACUUCGAGGCGCCCAUUGACCCCAAGACUGGCAACUCCGUCGUCCCCGACAUCAAUGACGAGGAGGAGACGUUCACGGAUGGUUUCGUCAGUAUCCCAAAGAUCUUCCCAGUGAAGUUCAAAGCGCGGUCGCCGAAGAAGGCUGAGAUCAUCCGGAAAUCGUUCGAGGAGGCUCAGGCCGAAUGGCAAGUGUGGGGAUUGGCUACCGAUGAGCGGUGA